AUGAAAAGAACACUGGAAGAAGCGAUUAACGAAUACGAGCCGCCAAUCGCAGGUUUCAUUACUGCAUUAACUUCAAUUCACUUUAUUAAUUUUAUUUCAGUUAAAAAAAGCAGAAAGUCAUGAAGCCUGCGAGGCAGUUCUGUUUUUUUAAAUCAUCCGAAAAGAAAGAUUGCUCUGCAAUUUUUUUAUAUCUAGGAUGGGAGCAUGACGGCCUCGUGCAACAGCCCAACAAUUACAAUACCGUCGAAUUUGUGAGUUUUAAUUCAUAUAAUAUAAAGGUAUCAUCUUUUUUUAGCACAUCAUGAUGGCGCUAAAAAAGACACGGUUGAUAGAAAGUUGGGAGGAGUGCGACUAUUCACGAUGCGGCAGAACCGACAAGGGAGUCUCGGCUUUCAAGCAGACCGCCGCUCUGAUUGUCAGGUUUUUUCUAUCACUUUCGGUUAAAUCUUCUAGGUUUUCAGUUCUAAUGAUAAUUUGAUGGUUAAGGUCAGCAGAUAUGCUUGGCGACCACGUUUUCUGGGACUCUAACUCGGAGGAAGACAUUAUUUUGAAUUACAAGGGAACUGACGAGCUGAACUACGUCAAGAAUGUUGAAUGGAGUUCUUGCCAAAGUCGAUUCGGGUUUUUGCGUAAGUUCAGAUGUAUUCAGGCAGUAGAUAAAAUGGUCAAUUUUGUCAGAUGGGCUCCAGUUCGAAAAGAUUUCAAUGCGAGGUUCGCGUGUACUCAGCGAGCGUACAGGUACGCCUUCCCCAGAGCCGAUUUGGACGUCGAGGUGGAUUUUAGAAAGAUUUUCUGUGUUUCAUAAAUGUAGUGUUGCAGAAAAUGCGAGAAGCAUGUCUGAAACUGAUUGGCGAGCACGACUUUUCCAACUUUUGCCAGGUUUUCAACUUUUACAAUUAGAAUUUUUUAAAAAUUGCUUUUUCUGUUUCCAUAGCUUUUCUAAAAUUUUUGAAACUUCGAAAAUCCAAUUAAAAUUUUUCUUUUUCCAGACGGAAGUUCAAUUACCGAUUGUAAUUAUGCUUUUAUUUUAUGCUUUUCAGGCUGAAUUUAUCACAUAUUUUUAGUGCGCUUCAAAAGCUAUAAAUUUUCGUUCGAAUCGCUAUUAAACUUCCAAAAAAAGUAAAUAUUCUUUGAUUGUAUCAAUUUUUUCAGAUUGAUAUGAACGAAAAACGAGUGGAACAGUCGUACGUGAGGACAGUUCUGGACGUCGCCAUCGACGAGUUCAGCAAGUAAUUCGAGACGAACUUCCUCAGAACUUCUUUCUUGUUCAGAAAAGAAGAGGACGAGACGAAGAAUCCGACGGAAAUGUUGCAGUUGACUGUCGUGGGGACGGGAUUUCUCUGGCACAUGAUUCGAUUCAUAGUCACUGUCCUCGUCGAAGUCGGCCGCGGGAAAGAGGAACCCACCGUGAGUUGAUGAGAAAAGAUAUAUCAUUUAUUUUAGCUUCAGUGAUAAGAAUGGCCGUUUUUGUUUUGGAAUUUCAACUUUUCUAAUUUAUCCGUCGAAAAAUGACAUUUCCGGUUUUCCAAUGCUUUUCUCAGUUUUUCUUCUUUUUUUUUCAAAGUCUCUUUUCAUUUUUAAAAAUUGAAGUUUCUGUAUUUAUUUUCAUUUUUUUUUUUGACUAAGUUCGGAUGCAGGCGCUUUUUUUCAUGUUCCAAUAUAUAUUCAUGCUUUUUUUUACAAGCUAGUGUUGAAACUUGCAUUCGAAGAUUUGCCGAAAAGUUUUUUUUUCGUUUUCUGGAAGACGAUUUUCAUUUUUAAUCAGACAAUUACUAUACUCUGUUCAAAAAAGAAUUUCCGACAGAAACCAUUAAAUUUCGAUUUUAUUCCAGGUCGUAGAUGAUUUGCUGGACAUUUCCAAGACGCCGUCUCGCCCUCAAUAUACGACGGCUUCCGAAGAUCCGUUGUGUCUUUUCGAUUGCGAGUGAGAUUUUUAAAUCAUCAUUUAUCGAUUUUCAGGCAUUUUUGUAACAUGAUAACAUGAAGAAAUCUAAUUUUUAGGUAUGGAGAAUCUUUGGAUUGGCGAAUGGACAAGACCGUCUUGGAUUCGACGAUUUCUCACUUGCAAAAAGUUUGGGCCACCUAUAAUUCGAGGUUUUCCUGAGUACUUCUUUGUCCUCCUAGAAACAUGUUUUCAGAUCGAAAAUGGUCGAAGACAUGGUUUCCUCAUUGGCCGACCGUUCGGAAAGUCCAGACAUGAACAAGGGAUUGAUAGAGUUUGUUCUGGUCAGUUAUUUUUCUGUAAAAAAGCAAAAUUGAUGUAUUCAGGACCAUCCGGUCAGUCAAAAUCACGUCAAGUUUGCGGAUCGCCCGAAAUGCGACAGUUUGAAAAAGAAACGAGAGAAGCUCGAGUUGAAAAAAGGAGCCAAAAUAGAAGAAACGAUGGUGGAAGAAGUGAAGAAAGAAGUGGAAAGUGAAGCAGAAGAAGAUGGAGAAGGAGAGGGAAAAGAAUCAGAGAAAGAAGAGGAAGAGGAACAGAAACAAGAGGAAAUCCAAGAAGAUGACGAAGAUGAAGACGAGGAGGAGGAAGAAAUGGAAAAGGAAGGGGAAGAAGACAAGAAAAUCGAGGCUGAAUAA